CUUCUUUUGACUAGCAUUAAGGAUGAUAAAGAAGUGUCAAAAGAAAAAAGGAAAAAGGCCGAGCAAGCAUUGUUAGUUUAUGAAUCAACAAAUGAAUCUCGCUCUUCCGAGAUCAAAGAAUUUUGGCGAGAAAGAAAUCUUCGAAUUGUUCUUAAGGAAAAGACUGUGAGAAGUACCGAAAAAAUUAUCGACCAAAUUAAUACAGUACAAGAUGAAGCGAGCGAUGUUUUAGUUCUCGAAGAUGGUUGCUCAAACAAACGUAAACGUGGAAUGGAAAAGGUAUAUAAUAAAUCUAAUAACA